AUGACUACGAUAUCUGGUAUAACCAAGUUUGAAAGUUUAUCCAAUGAAUUAAUGUUUGAAAUAUUUGAUUAUCUUGGUAUUUAUCAAGCUUAUCAAAUUUUCUUUAAUUUAAAUGAAAGAUUUCAACAACUUUCAACUUCAUCUAAUCAAUUAAUCGAAGUGAAUUUGUUUAAUUUAUCGAAAUCAUCAUUUGAAGAACAUUAUCAAGAAUUUUUUCAAUUGAAUAUUCAUCGGAUUCGUUCACUUUAUAUUUUCAAUCGAUCAAUGAUGAAUUCGAUCAUUUCAUUUCUUCCAAGUCGCACAUUAUUUAAUCGACUUGAAACACUUUAUUUGAAUAAUUUAGACUUGACAAAUUCAAUUCAGUUGUUCAAUUAUUUAUCACUAUUGCCAAAACUUUCAUCAUUAAUACUUUGUAUACUUGAUGGAGAUUUUGAUAGAAAUAUGCUCUACAAUGGAAUCUUUCGUUUAUCAUCAUUAAAAUACUGUAAAAUAUCAUCGAAUAGUUUUCAUAACGCGGAACACGGUUUGAUACCAAUUAUUAAUAGAAAUCAAAGUCCAAUUGAACAUCUUAUUAUUGAUUUUAUAAUUUAUCCCGAAGAACUUCGAUAUGUCUUAUCAUAUGUUCCAUAUCUCCGUCGUUUAUCAGCUAAUUUAACUUCCCGUAGGACAUUUUUACGACAAUCCAUUCGAGCAAUUUCCAAUAGUCUUACACAUGUUUCUAUUCGAUUAAGAGACAUGAGUUUCAAUGAAUUUGAACCUUACAUGAAGAUGUUUUUUUCAAAUCUUCAAGUUUUCUAUCUAUCAACAGAGAGGGAUAAUCAAUAUCUUAAUGCACACCGAUGGGAACAUUUAAUAACAAAUUAUAUGAGUCAUUUAAGAAUAUUUGAUCUUCAACAUAAAACAUCGUUACGUAAAAAUAUUCAACGUCAACAUUUAUUAAAACAAUUCUCAACAUUAUUUUGGAAUAGAAGAAAAUGGAUUUUUACACACGGUUAUCAAUAUUCAUAUCAAGGAUGUUUUUAUUCUACAGAACCAUACAGAAGAGAAAAAUAUACAUUGAGAUAUGAUAAAAAUCAACCCAAAUAUCUGACUCAAAUAAAUAAUAAUAACCUGACUUCAGUUCGUCAUGUUCUUGUUCAACAUCGAUUCAUUAUUGAAAAUCAAUCGAUCAAUUUUCCAAACCUAACUGAACUUACUUUUGGAGAACAUGUUUAUAUAUCCGACAAAUUACUGAAAAAUAUAUCUAAAAGUAAUAUUCUUUUAUUACAAGUAACAAAAAUAACGAUUAAUAACAUUGAUGUUGGUUUUUACGCAAUAAUUAAACUAUUAUGUUUAACUCCUAAUUGUAAAAAGCUCACACUUUCAUCAUUAUUAUUCGAAACAGAAAAUAUGACAUUGACACAAUUAGACAAGGAAUAUUUCGAAAAUUUUUCUUCGAAAAAUAUCAUUCAACAUGUGACUAUGAAAUUGUAUUCAUUCGCAGACAUUCAAUUAUUAGUCAAGUUUCUUCGUCGAUUAGAAUAUUUGACUAUUUCAGGUGAAUGCGAAUUUCAAGAAAUUAUCAAAUAUUUAUUAACUGAAAAGAAAUAUACUCGUUAUUUACAUUCAUUACAUAUUCAAAGUGAAGAAGAUAUAUGGCAAGAACAAUUAAUCAAUACAAUACAAGAAAUUGGACAAAACGACAGGGUUUCUAUAAAUUUUAUUAAUUAUCGUGAAUGUUAUUUAUGGUGGUAA